GGAGUCCGCGGCCGCUGCGCUCCGAAGGUAGCCGGGGGGAGAGAGACCUGGGGCGCUUCCCGCCGCCUCUAGGGAAAGAGUUAAAUGUUGAAUGCUGAGACCCUGAUGGCGAGGCCAAUAAUCUUCCCAGUGAGUGUCCAUUCAACAGCUCCUGAAACCUUCGUUGUGCUGAACCAGAGGAUGAAAGUAGUUGAAGAGCAGACAAAUGCGCUUUUGAGGGAACUGCAUACUCUGGGCAUUGAUGGACAAAGCAUGGAACUCUUCCCUUCGAAACCCUCGGAGAACUCUGAAGGCCACCAGACCAUCAGCCCCGUCCGUGCCAGAACGGCGUUUGGCGGAGCAAAGGACACGCUGUGGCAGACCUGCGAAACUCUCGUGAAUCGGAUGUGCCGGCUUGAAAGUGUUGUGCAGACCAUGAAGCUGAGUAUGUUCCGGCUGCAGACAGAAAAAGAGCUGAACCCAAAGCAUGCAGCCAAUUUAGAGCAGCGCCUCAACGCGAUACAGGAGGAGCACAUCGGAGAACUGAAGGUGCUUCAGAUGGAGGGAAGAGUGCUGUGCCAGCAGCUGAGGGAGUCCCGGGAAGAGGAGGAAAAAGCCAGAGGUCAAGUUCAAAAGCUGAGCGCUGCUUUGGAGAUUGCAACUGCCACAAAGAGAGAUGUAACAGUUGCUGCUGAUGAGUUGAGGGCAGCGAAAAAUAAGAUGAACCGUAAACUGCAAGAGCUGACGGAGAAGCUGUCCAAGGAGUCCAGCAUGCGGCAGUCCUUGGAAGAAUCCCAAGCAGUCCCUUAUCGGAUGCACGAAAUGGAAGCGACGGUGGAAAACGAAAGGAAGCAAGUUCACAUUCUGCAGCAGGACUGUAACAGCCUCCGCCAAGAUAUUGAGAUAUCUCGGGAGAGGCUGCAAAGGGAGGAAGAGAAGGCUCUUCAGUUGGAACAGCAGUGUGCACAGCUUAAAUCGGAUCUAGAAUCCCGAGAGAAUACCAUCUCCAGGCUCAGCGAAGAAGGGAAAACUGCACGGCUGUCUCUGAGCAGGGAACACGAGGAGAACACGCAGCUGCGAUCAGAAAUAGCCUCUUUGCGAGAGGUGGCAGAAAAAGUGCAAGUGCUUAAUGAGCAGCUGACCCAACAGUGUGCAGAAUUGAACGACAACCUCCGAAGUGUUACCGCGGGGAAUGCUCAACUCUUUUCAGAUCACCAGGCCGCCCUAAAGGCGGAGCAGGAUAAAAUCAAUCAGAAGCUGCAAGAGCAAGACUUGAUUCUGGAUGCUGCCCGGGCCAGUAUCACAGCGGAACUGCAGAUUGUGCAGAAUGAAAAAGCUCAGCUCCAGAGAGAGAUAGAAGCCUUGCGUGCAGAACACGCUGCCUGUGGGCAUGAAGCUUCCGAACUCCAGGAGACUACAACCGCUCAAAAGGAGCUCCUGGAGUCCACAGUUGCCAGAAUCGGAAGUGAACUGGAGGCAGCUCUGCAGGAGAGGGACUCUCUGCUGAAGGAGAAGGAGAGGCUAGAGGAACAGAUGCAGAAAGCAAUACAGGAAGUAACGGAAGAGAACAAAAGAUUGGAAGCGGAGCUAACAGAACACAAGUUGGAAAUCGGUCCUCUCAAAGAUACCGUGAAGGUGUUGGAAGAAGAAAACAAAUUAUGGAGCGGGGAAGCUGCCUUGGAACACCAACAUCAUGCCCAACAGCAAGUGAAGCAAGUUCUGGAAGAGCUGACGGACACCAAAAAACUGGCUUACGAGAAAGGGAAACUUCAGACUAGAGUGAAGCAGCUGGAAGAAAAGGUGCAGCCCUCCAGGACACACGGUCGGAAAACCAGCCGGCUUCUCAAGCUGAACACCGCCUUGGAGACAAAGUGUAACCAGAUGAAUGCCGAACUUGCCUCCAUUAGGAUCAACGCACAGAGGAUGGAAGCAAAGCUAAAACAGACACAGUCUGCCCUUGUCUGCAGAGAGGACGAUUUUUCUGUGACCGUCAAAACCCGCGAUGAAGCUCUGAGAGAGAACCAGAAGCUCAAAGGGCAAAUAAGUGCAACUGGAGGAGAGAAACACAAGAUGACGAAUCUGCGACGCAGACUGGAAGUGUCAAAGGAAGACAAUGCUAAAGUGACUGCUAUGCUGGAGAGUGUGUUGGGCUCUCAUAACAAAAUGCAGGUGGCUCUGGAGAAGAUUCAGACUGAGCUGGGACGCAAGGAUUCCGAGGUGGCUGAGCUGAAGAAGGACAGGACCCAAAGCCAGCAAAGAAUUCUGAUGCUAGAGGCAGAGUUGGAGGAAUGCCACAGCAAAAAUGACCUUGCAAUCUCAACACAGCUUAAGGUAAAAAUCAAUGGAAACUCUUUGUAAAAUCUGGAGGCCUCCAAAGCAGACAACAAGAAACUUGCUCAAAAUUUAGAGCAAACUCUGCAGACCAAUAGUGCUCUGCAAAGCAAGCUUAUGCUUAUUCAAGAUGAACUGGAAAGCAAAGAAGUCGAGUGCCAGGAACUAAUGGAAUGCAGGGACCAGUUAAUUGAGGAAGCCAUGGAAGUAAAGUUGUAUGCAGAUCGCCUUGAGACUCUGAAGAAACAGUUUCAGACUGAACGGGAAGUAACCAAGAAGGCUGCUCAAAGGAAUCGGCUGAGGUGUGAGGAGCUGAAGAAAGCCCUCGAGGAGGCCUGCACUAAAUCUGGAGAAAUGUCACGCCUUAACAGGGAACUGCGGGCAAAGGUACUGGAGCAGGAGGCAGCUCUGGCCAGUCAGAAGGAGAAGCUGAAGAGACAGAAAGCAUUAAUCACGCAGUACUUCAAUGCCAGGAGUAAACAAUUGCGCAAAUGCAGGAAGGAUAAAGGUGAGCCAGAGAUUGAAACGGAAUUGAGGCAAAUGGAAGAGAUGAAGCAGCAGUACCAGAAGAAAAACCACGAGCAGUCCCUUAGGAUCAAAGAAUUUGUCGCUGAGUUAACAAACCUGCAAGGCGAGAUGCAGCAGCUAGCCAGGAAUCAGCAAGCGAUGGAAACGGAAAACAGAAACCUUGAGAACCAGCUGGUCGCAGAACAGAAGCAAAGACAGCGGAUUCAGGAAGAGUGUCAGGCUUUGGAAGACACAGUCAGGCACCUGAAGAAAUGCAAAGAGGAGACGGAACAGAAACUGAAAGAAGCCAGCAAAGAGUCGGAACAUAUAACUGCUAACCUUGAGGAAGCUCACCACUGGUUCAAGUCGAAGUUUGAUAGUCUGCAGCGUGAGCUGGUGAAAAACAGGCAGAAGAACCUUGGAGAAUACUUCUGUGAGGAGCAUGAGAAAGAGAAAAGGCCGAUCAAGCUUCCUUCUCAGGCAUGCCUGAAGCGCUGGGAGACCAAGAACCACCUGCAGUGCAUCAAGAGGAAAUAUCUUAGCGAGCUGAACAAGUGAAGGGCUGCUUUGCCAGGAGGUUCCAGGCUGCAAGGUAUAAUCCUGUACCUGUGAACACCACUUCUCAGGCUGCCAGUGGUGCUAUACCUAGGCAGAGCCUAAGGAUGGACUUACUAUGUGAGCAUCCAUCUACUUCCUGAAGCUAGCAGAGGAAGAGCUCCUGUGUGAACUAGCUGUGCUCUAUAGGAAUGAAGAAAAAGUCCUUUUAAAAAAGUGUAUAUAUAUAUACACACACAAACUUGACUGGCAGCUAGGAAUCCUCUAAAUCUUUGGGUUCAACUUUCUGAUUCUUAUAAUGCCUCUGGGGAAACUUUCAAACUGUUUUAUUAAAAAAAACUGUUUCUACAGCCCCCCACCCUG